CGAAUGCUAGCCGAGAAAUUGUUUUGGUAGCCUCAGGCACAGCUGGUCGUGUUUAGACCGCUUUCGGUAGGGAGCAAUUAUUAAAGGAAAAUUGCUCCUGGUUUCAGGGUUUUGGUUGUCUCGGAGAGUCACAGGCACAAUACAUAGCAGUUGCCGCAGAAGGACACUUGCAGCUGUUUCAAUUAUGGCUUUGCUUAAAAUUUGCACGCUUUUGCUUCUGUUUUGCCACGGCAUGACUGCCAAAUUGACGAAAGCGCCAGAUGUUCCUGAGUACUUUCCUGAAAUCGGAGGUGACCUGAGCAGCGUGACCUGGUCUCACGCCACCAACAGUCUUGUGAAACUGCAGGAUGCAAUCAAUGACCCCGGAUUGAUGAUGUUGGAGGCGGACGUGCUGCUCGGAGUGCUGACUGGGGGCGGCCCUGAAACCAUCCCGAUCAUGGCCCACCCUCCAAAUACCGAAUCUGAUCUCUCUCUGCAGAACUUUCUGGAUCAGGUCAUUCUGGCAAACGCAAACGGCAUCAGGAAAGGUAUUAAGCUGGACUUUAAAUCUCUGGAGGUUGUGCCAAUCGCCCUUGGUAUGCUUGGAGCACUUUCAAACCAGAUGGGCUUUCCAGCUUGGUUGAACGCUGACAUUCAGCAAGGACCAGUGAACAGCACCAAAAAUCCAAUUGACUCUAAUCAAUUCUUGACUGAAUGCAAACUGAACUUCCCUGAGAGCACCUUGUCUGUGGGCUGGACUACAAGAUAUGGAAUUGACGUCUUUCCACCCAUUGUGUCUGGCGAAUACACCAUGGAAAUGGCAGAAGGCAUGUUGAAAGCCUUGGCAGACAAUCAGAUCACGCAGCCCGUGACCUUCCCUGUGAGGGCAGCCCUGACCGCAAACUCGGAAGCUGCGAUCUUGGCCCUGCUGGAAGGAACCCCAAACAGCACCCUGACCUUGUGGGGUCCUGAAACUGACUUUGUCAACGUCGCAGCGUUGAAAGAGGUGGUGAUCAAAGUUGGCAGGGAAAGAGUGUACAUGGAUAUUCCUGAAAAACUCAAAGACCAACUAGUGGAUGGAGUUAAAGCUGGUGAACGGAGUGGACAAAGCAAAGGAUCUCUUCUUGGAGCUGUAGCAACUGUAAUUACAUCUGUUUUAACAGCAGUGAUUUAAGAGAGGAAUAUUUUACUCAUUAAAAGAUUUUAUCAGAUGAAAAUCAAA